AUGGCCUCUGGACAAUUAUCUCGCAAGGAAAACAUCACCGAGAGAAAGAUUCACGGCGAGAAAGACAAUGUUCCUGAGAUGACAACCCGCGUCGAGCAUCUUUCUGUGAAAGAGAAAGAACUACCACAGGGAAGUGUAGAAGCAUCAACAGGUGGUGAAAUCAACAAAGAUCGUGCAGGGAAAGCUAUUGGAAAUGCUGGUGAAAGAGGAAAAGCAAGAGAGAGCCAUGAACUCGGACCAAACUAUCAGUCUCUCCCUGAUCGCAAUGAGAACCAAAUUCACCUUGAUCGUGCACGUGUUCCUGUGAAUGCGAAUGUCGCAGGAAACAUAGUUGGAGAAAAUGCUACAAGAGAAAAUGCUACAAGAGAGAAACUCGAUAACCGUACCAGAGUGGUUGCUGGAACACCACACGUUAAGGAACAAAACAUAGCCUUGGGAAAAGAGCAAGUUGUGGCAGAGAGAGGAGGAACAACAAAGGAUUUAGAAGCAAGGAGUGACGAGAAGAUUGGUAGAGGAAGGGUACUUGGUGCUGAAAAUCAAGAUGCUAUAUUGGAAAAAAGUGUUGCUGAGGAAAGAGAGAGAGCAAGAGAGAGAGAAAGGGCAAAAGAAGCAACAAAAGAAACACUGAAUAAUACAGCACAAGCAGCAAAAGAGAAAGGAGCACAAGCAAUGGAGAGAGCGGCACAAGUCAAAGAUGCAACCCUUGAGAAAACACAACAAGGUUACGAAGUGACAAGAGACAAAGCUUCAAAUGCUGCAAAAACUGCUGCAGAGAAAGCAGCACAGACCAAAGAUACGACUAUUGAGAAAGGCCAGCAAGGUUAUGAAGCAACCAAAGACACAGUUUCAAAUGCAGCAAAAAUUGCUGCGGAGAAAGCAGCACAGGCCAAAGAUUCAACAAUUGAGAAAGGCCAGCAAGGUUAUGAAGCAACCAAAGACACAGUUUCAAAUGCAGCGAAAACCGCAGCGGAGAAAGCAGCCCAGGCUAAAAACGCAACACUCGAAAAGACACAACAAGGUUAUGAGGCAACAAAAGACACAGUCUCAAAUGCUGCAAAAACUGCGGCAGAUUAUGUUACUCCUGCUGCGGAGAAAACCAAGUCCGCCGUUGUUCAGGCAAAGGAUGUUACAGUGGAGAAAGGGAAGACUGCCGCGGAAAUCGCAGGGAAAGUUGCGUCUGUUGCGGGGUGGACAGCAACACAUUACGCCACACAGUUGACAGUGGAUGGAACUAAGGCUGCGGCGAGUGCUGUUGAAGGAGCGGUUGGGUAUGUUGCACCAAAGGCUUCUGAGCUUGCAGCGAAGUCGGUGGAAACUGUUAAAGGUUUGGCUGCUUCUGCUGGUGAGACUGCUAAAGGGUUUACUGCUAGGAAGAAAGAUGAAUCAUGGCGUGAAUAUGAGACUCAAAAGGCUUCUCAACCUAAGGAAGGUGAAGAAACCUUGCCAUCUUCAGAAGUUACAGGCCAAAAUGUGAGCAACUAUAGAGAAAAUGUGAUUACACAAAAAGUGGUACCAAGUGAAGAAAGAACUCAAGCACAAGGAACUACUCUUCUUCAAGAGAAGGGUAGAGGAAGCAAUGUGAUACCAAGCACUGCUGAAACUGAAACUGUGGAAAAUGUUCUUAAGGGAGGUGAGAAAAUAGAAAAGAAAGCAUUAGAGAAGAAGAAUGAAGGAGGAAGUGAUGAUAUAAAAAUAGCGGUCACUGAAACUAAGGCUGAAACUGAGUGA